UCUGGCUUUACUUGUAGUUCUUUGUUCUGAGGCGGUAAUGCAGUAUUAAAAUGUCAAACACAUAAUGAGACAAGUAACCAACGAAUAUCACUGUAUGAACAAUGUAAGCGUAAUUUUACUUUUGUUACUUGGGUUACGUAGAAUUACAAAUGGGAGCGGAAAGCCACGAGAAGCCAUCUUGGAAGAGGGCAAAAGAAGUAUUAGCCACAUACGGCGUUGUGUAGGAUAAGAGGGUGGGAGAAAAACAGAGAGAAACCUGCGGACCAGACAGCGACAUUGAAGAAACAGGAGACCCACCCGCACAAUCUGCCUCCAUCUUCUGCAAGAUGGCCGACACCAAGGGUCAUUUGUUGAUGGAUAAAUAGCCCAGAAUAAACAAACCCUACCCUUCCCCAAGCUGUAGCCUUUGAUGAAUGAUGUCUUACGUUUGACUGGCAAGAAGUUUUAUCAGCUUCUCUUCUGCUUGGGAGAACAGUAAUUGACAUGAAGUAACACAGUAGACAUGAAGGUCUGGAUCCAUGAAGCCUGAUGCCUGGUGCUUGCUCUCAUUAAGCUGAAUACAUUGUGAUUUCCAGUAAUAGAGACAGUAUUUUUGAAGGCUGUCUACAUUAAUGAAAAGAGCAAUGUAGUCAGCUUAACAAAAUCAUCAGUGUUACCUACUGAUUGUAACGUGGUACAGUCACAUUGCUGGGCACUUGCAUGCUAGGGUUAUAGUUACAUUUGUAAAUUAGCUAUUUUGUUGUCUGUAGUAUUAAUUAUGGAGGAGUGUGAGGAAGUAGCCCCUUUCCCAGAGGUAAAUGGACAUGACGUGACGGAAAUGAAUCCAGCAUCUCCCCCACCUCUGCCGCCAGAAGAAGAGCCUCCACCACCUCCCCUGCAAACGUCCAGUGACGCAGAGGUAAUGGACGUUGGCUCUGGUGGUGAUGGACAGUCACAAACCCCAGCUGGGGAACUGCAGCAAAACAACGGGUUACAGCUUCUCACUAAAGGGUCAACUUCCUACAAGAGUCAUCGUACAGUUCUUGAUCCCUUUCACAGUGACCAAAGUCCAAGAACAGCCCGUCAUGCACCGUCUAAUAAAAGGUUUACCCCCGAUCUUAAGUUGCUUAAGGAUGUUAAGGUUAGUGUAAGCUUUACAGAGAGUUGCAGAAGCAAAGACAGACAUGUUCUGUACACUGGAUUGGAAUGUGAGGGUUCCCUACAUGGAGGUAGCAAUAUGAACAGUGUAAAUGGCGAUAUGUAUGUUUGUCCUUUUGCUGGUAGUAGUAAUGGAAAUGUUACAGAUAGUAUUGAAAUUACACUUAAGAAAAACUAUGAGCCUGAAAUUGACCAGGAGAAGAAAGUAGAAUAUGCUGUUCUGGAUGAACUUGAAGAUUUUACCGAAAAUGUUAUGGAUGUCGAUGAAGAUGGAGCAGAAUUUGUAUCGGAAUCCAUUCUCCAGAGAGAUAAGAUUGAUGAAGAAGCCCUGAUAUACAGCUAUGAGGAUGAAUUUGAUAACGAUGUGGAUGCACUUCUGGAAGAGUCCCUUCACAGCCCCAAAAAGAGAAGAAUAGAGGAGAAAUAUGAUAUUGAUAGUGAUCACCAAUCAGAUGGAGAGUCAAGUGUUCAGCCCAUGGUGACCAAAAUAAAAACAGUACUGAAAAGUCGAGGCCGCCCACCCACAGAACCAUUACCUGAUGGAUGGAUCAUGACAUUCCACAACUCAGGCCUACCUGUCUACUUGCAUCGAGAAACCAGAGUAGUCACCUGGUCCAGACCUUAUUUCCUGGGCACUGGAAGCAUAAGGAAACAUGACCCACCAAUCAGCAGCAUUCCUUGCUUGCAUUAUAAAAAAAUGAAGGAUAAUGAUAUCAAAGAGCAGAGCAAUGAUGUCACAUCAGCCCUCGUUUCAGUGUCUUCUUCCUUAAAGUCCUCUGAUACAAGUCACAAUUCUCAAGAGCCAGACACCACUGCUGCUGAUUCUUUUGUUUCUGAUAAGAGGGAGUCUGUGAGUGAAGUAGCCCAGGGAGCACUUGGACAAGUAAAGGCGAAGGUUGAAGUGUGCAAGGAUGAAUCCAUUAAUCUUGAGGACUUCCGCAGCUAUCUGGAAAAAAGAUUUGAUUUUGAACAGGUUACUGUUAAAAAAUUCCGGACAUGGGCUGAAAGAAGACAAUUUAACCGAGAAAUUAAACGCAAGCAGGCAGAAUGUGAAAGGCCUAUAUUGCCUGCUAAUCAGAAACUUAUAACCUUGUCAGUGCAAGAUGCUCCUACAAAGAAAGAGUUUGUUAUCAACCCUAAUGGAAAAUCUGAAGUAUGCAUCUUACAUGAAUAUAUGCAACGGGUCCUGAAAGUGCGCCCUGUUUACAAUUUCUUUGAAUGUGAGAACCCAAGUGAGCCUUUUGGAGCAUCUGUAAUUAUUGAUGGAGUGACAUAUGGUACUGGAACAGCAAGCAGCAAAAAACUGGCAAAGAAUAAAGCUGCUCGUGCUACUUUAGAAAUCCUUAUUCCAGAUUUUGUAAAGCAGACUUGCAUUGAAAAGCCCAAAGACACUGAUGAACUUGAGUAUUUUAACCAUAUCAGUAUUGAGGAUUCACGUGUGUAUGAGUUGACCAAUAAAGCUGGACUGUUGUCUCCGUAUCAAAUUCUCCACGAGUGCCUUAAAAGAAAUCAUGGAAUGGGUGACACAUCAAUCAAGUUUGAAGUUAUUCCUGGCAAGAACCAGAAAAGCGAAUAUGUAAUGACUUGUGGAAAGCACACUGUGCGGGGCUGGUGUAAAAACAAGAGGGUAGGAAAGCAGCUGGCAUCUCAGAAAAUACUUCAGCUGCUUCACCCUUAUGUAAAGAAUUGGGGGUCCCUAUUGCGCAUGUAUGGGAGGGAAAACAGCAAGAUAGUGAAACAGGAAACCUCUGAUAAAAGUGUAAUAGAACUUCAGCAGUUUGCCAAAAAGAAUAAGCCAAAUCUUCAUAUCUUGAAUAAGCUACAGGAAGAGAUGAGAAGACUGGCACAGGAGAGGGAGGAAACACGCAAGAAGCCCAAGAUGACCAUUGUGGAAUCUGCCCAGCCAGGCAGUGAACCGCUAUGUACCGUGGAUGUCUAAUGUGAACCUAUAAUGAAGCAAUUCGGGGCCUAGAAAACAAUUAUUUGAGUAUUUGUUGAUUAAUGUGGUACAUAAAUAGGGCUGAUUUCAUUAUGCAUUUUCCACGUUUGCAUCAUCUCAGCAAUAUUACCUCAUAUGAUAGGUAGUUGUUUGUCUUUAAUGUGAUGUAAAGCAAUGCUGAAGUUUGUGUUCUUAUAUAUCACAAAAAGCACUUUCUUAUUAGGGACUCAUUCAGUGUCUUAACAUUGCAUGGUUUUUCAUUCUAAACUGGAAUCCAAAGUGUGAGUCUCUUAUGCUUUCUUAUGGAUUUAUAUUGUAUUUGAUAUAACCGAUGAACUGCAUAGAUGGGAGGUAAAAUAGAUGGGCAGUUUCCUAAUGCUUUCCUCCCUCAGCUUGUGCUCCAGAGAUGCAAAUACAUGCAAACACGCGUGGCUUUUCUUUAGUCAGCCCUAUUACAUGUAGCCCCGGCACAUUCAACCUUAUUCACAGGGUAAGAUAAUCAUUGGAAUAGGCUCAAGAGCAGUAACUAUUUAUGUCUGUGAUUGUGAAGGGUACUGCUUUCUUCCAUAAUAAAGUGUUUUUCAGUUUAGACUACUGUUAGAUUGCAGUGAUGGCCCAUUUUUAUUGUUUGUGCCGGUUACGGUCAGAGAUGGAAAAUGCAAAGCUGGGAAUUUUGUGUGUGCAGGAAUACAAGCAAUUGCCAGAAACUGCUCUUCAGAAGUUUAAGAUAAUAAAGUGGUGCCAAGUUAUUUGGUGACUAUUUCAUAACUUUAGUUUUUCACUGGAAAGUACACAUAGUUCAGCUCUUUUAUGCAACAGCAAUAUCUUGCUUUAAUAAAGCACAUUCUGCUGCUUAGUGUCUCAUUAUAGCACAGAUUAUAUAAACACUCCAUUUUCUUGUCUGGUACUUUAUUUAUUUUAUAUUAGCAGAAUAAUGCACUGCUGUGGUCUGUUAAUGGAAAUGCUCUAUUUUGGGAAGGGUCUCUCACCAUGCACGUGUGUGUGUAUAAAGUGUACGGCAAUAAUAGUCACAUCUGUCUGCUACCCCCCAAAAAAAAGCAAAUGUUACUUCAGUUCUAUGGUACACCAAAGGGAGCCUUACACUGCCUUUUCACAUGUCACAUUAUAGCAGGAAGAAAUCCCAAGCUAAGCACUCUAACAUAGGACUUGCACAAUUAUUCAUAUAUAUAGUAUAUACAAUGGGAUGGAUUCUCUUACUCUAAAAAAAAAAUAGUCUUGAUUAGUUUCCUUUUUCUUUAUAACCACUGUGUUUAUGUUUAAGCCAUUGGUCGGCAGAUGCCAAAGGGAUGGCUUUUAGGAGCAGUCUGUCUUGAUGUAUCUAGAGUAGACCAUAUUGUUUUCGAAACGCUCAACACCUUUUAUGCCAUGAGAGAAGGGAAAUAAAGCUGCUCCUGGUAACUAUAAGGACCGGAUUUCUAAGUUACGCUCUGCUAGUACAGAGCAUGUUUUCGCACUCACUACACUAGAGAUUUCCUGUGCCAUCCUUUUUCUCUGCCCGUGCCAUCCGAUUAUAAACCUGAAUUUUUUUUUCGUUUGGCACCUUGGCACCAAUGCAGUAACACACAGCAGCAAAUCAGACCCUUGUUUUUAUUAUUUUAGCCACUCUGAAUCAGUAAACGCUUGCUUUGUGUCACUGCACUGCUGCACAGAAAUCUCACAACAUGCCAGGUGCUAUUCUGCUACAGAAGCAUUAUCUGUCAUCCGCCAUUUCUAUACGCUCUUUUUCUGCAAUUUCUAAAUAGCAGGCGGCUUGAAUGAAGGUCCAUGGAAUCUGUGAGAAUCCUAUGGGAUGGAUCCUUACUGGAGCAGUUACGAUUUAUACGUGAAUAUGUUGAAGGACUGUUUGUAUUAAUUUGAUUUAUCAGUGGUGAUAAUGCAUGGCCAACAGAGAUUAUACAUUGUUUUCUUAGAGGGUUCUGCACUGUUCAGCACAGGGGGUUUGUAUGGAAAGGCAAGUAGAAAUGCAGUUGUGCCUUUUCCUACUUCAUGCACAGCUUUCAUUCCUGUAACUGCUUAUCUAUAAGAUAGUGUUGCUGAUCUUUAUGCACUGGAGGGGAAAAUGUAGAUAAAUGACAGCGGGUGUGUAUAUUUAAUCAAUUUCACUUCUAUUGAAAGAAUAAAUAAAUGAAGGAGUUCUUAAUAAUAACCACGGAUAUUAAUAGAACGAUAGAAAAACUGCUAAUCAGAUUUAUAAUGGCAGAAAUCAAUAGUGACAAGCACAAGUGGCAAGUCCCCAUCACUUUAAACAUUGUAUUGGGGGAAGAAGUGUUUGUCAGGUGUCAGCGCUGCUACAGUAUCUCCCUUAUCACUGGCACCAAUGUCAGCUUUGAUACCUGUCUGUUUUAUUCUAUGAAUUUGAUUGUGUAGUGUCCUGUGCAAUAACCUUUUUAUGUCAAAAUUUAGUAAAAGCCACAGAGUUGUCUAAUAACCCAGAGUAACCAAUCAUAUCAUUUUGUAAGCCUGUUGGGUAUCUCUUUUUAAGCUGUAAACGUGUAUGAAAAAAACAGAAUGGUAAAUGUGUGCCAGGAAUACUGAAAAGCAACGAUCUGUAUCCUUUGUGUAUAUCUGAAUUUAUACUUGUGAGCUUGUGAUGCCAUAUUGCUAGAGAUAGAAACCAUAAACACACGUCUCACAUGGGCUUAAAGGGAUUCUGUCAUUGUAAAACAUGUUUUUUUUACAAAGUGCAUCAGUUAACAGCAGUCAUCCAGCAGAAUCCUGCAUUGAAAUCCAUUUUUCAAAAGAGCAGAUUUUUUUUAUAUUUAAUUUUGAAAUCUGACAUGGGGCUAGAAAUGUUGUUUGUUUCCCAGGUGCCCUUAGUCAUGUGACUUGGGCUCUGAUACUGCUGCACUGCAAGUUGGAGUGAUAUCACCUCUCCCCCACCCCUCAGAAGCCCUUCAGCAGAACAAUGGAAAGGUGACCAGAUAAGAGCACCCUGACACCUGCUAAAAAUACUCCCAUAACCCCAAACCUAAAGGUAGAUCUGAGAACAGCACUGAAUAGUAAACAUACAAGUCCAGCUUAUCUGACAGUAGUUUCAAAGUGCAGCACUGUCAUGAAAGCCUGACACACACCAAUAUUCCAACUUAAUAAAAUACAUUUAUUGGUUUAAAAGUACAAUUUUAAAUGGUAGAAUGAAUUGUUUAAUGUACACAGUGUAAUUUAGUAAUAAAAACUAUACCAUAAAAAUCAUGACUGAAUCCCUUUGCUUUGAUAUGUGGGAUACAAGGAAGGUCCAGGUUUCUUACCAUGAACAAGGAAGAAAAUGGGAUCACAGAAACCUUUCCCGAAUUAACCUCAGAUGCUUUUCUAUAGUCAGUGUUUCCGAUAUUAUUUUGUGAGUGUGUGAUUUAGUAUUUGAAGUAAAAGUAUUGGCUUUUUAUGUCUUAGCAAAUAGGACCUGCAUUAACUGCGCAGAACCAGAACAUACGGGCACGGCUUUGCUUUGUCUACAUUGUGUGCAAAAAUGUGAACAAAUGAUGUGUAUGUUGCUAUUGCUAAAGGCCCUUUUGUGAGUGGAACAAAAACCUGCAGAUUUGGUUGGACAAGCUUAUGCAAGCUGUAUUCCCAUUGGUCACAACUCUGGGAGUGUUUAUAGACCUUAAUGUUGAAAUGCAUGCUUUAUUAUAAAUGAAUGGUACAAUCGCUUCCCGGCAUCCCUCCCUGCAUGGAAACCUACAUCAGAACUUUCCGCCUUUUUGAUGCCAGAAUAUGCAACGUUCCACAUUAGAGAGUAUUAUGAUUUCUGCCGUGGUGAGUUUGGGCUUUGUUUCAUGACAGCUCAGUUACUGCCGGCAGGUUAUGCACAACUAAAUGUAUCUCCCACAUCACCAUUUGGGCUCUGCCACCUUCAUUCCAUCAUGUUUCUGCCAGUGGGUGUUUGACUGGUUUCUAGGGAAUCACCUGCCGGUCAAUUGAUGUUCUUUGUAUGAAUGCUGGUGAGUUAGUUUAAUAAAACUCUUAUUUAUAUAUAUAAUAUAAUGUAAUAAACAUAUAGUUCCUGGCCAGGGUUUCCCCACUUUGGUUUGAGAGCCACUUACCUAUGAUGCUGCCUGAUGUCUUAUUGGCUCUUUAAUAUUUGUAUUUCUAUUUGAUCUCCCUUUAACCAGAAAACUGAAUUCUGCCAUGUCUCCCUGUGACCUCUUUAUCCUGUUACUGUUCAAUAUCGCAAACGUCCGAAAUAGAAGUAAAUGUCAUUGUGCACAUGGGAGUGGAGUUGAUGUUUUUGAGUUGGACUGUUCUUUAUCUUGAUGAAAUCAUUUGCUGUACAUCCUUGUGUGUAAUUAUGUGGGAUUUCAGCUAAUUCUGCCUAAUGUAAUGGUGGUUGUAUGAAUUGUGUGGCGCUUUGGUUUCUUUUGUCUGAUUCUUGUGACUGAAUUGUUCAAUCCCCUCAACUAAUCUCCCCCUCUCACCGGCUCAAACAUUGUAUGUUUGCUCUUCAGUACUGUUGCAAAUAUUUUGUUCAGCAUUAGUUUAAGCAAUAAACAUUUGAUAUUCCUGUGAAA